AACAACUUAAAAAGGUAAAUAAUUCAAUUUUAAAGACAUAAGUUGUAUAUUUAGAAAAAGGGAAAUAUUGUAUAAACCUAUAUAUCUUAAACCUUUAACUACUUUGUUUAGGUCGUUUAUUUAAGUGUUACGUGUACUUUUAGUUACUUUUAAGAGAUGGUAAGCUAACAACAACAACAACAACAACAACAACAAAUGAAGGCUUCAUAACACAAGAGGAGAAAAAACACACAAAUGAAUUGGAGUUAAGAGGUAAUAUUACUACAUAUAUAUAAUAUAGCUGUUAUGAUGCGAUGGACGAAGGGAGAAGAUUACCCCCCCUCAGAUGGAAGAGGUUUUGGAAGAGCCCCAACUUGUGUCCCUCCCUGGUCUGCUGAUACUUCAGCUGAGGUCUGGCACAGCACCCCAGUUAAAAAGGAAAAUGGAGGCUCCCCGCUUCUUCCGAGUCCAGCUUCUCUCCUAACCAGCUUUAAGAUGGACAACUCAGCAAAGCAGUGGUCCAGAAAUACCCCUCCCGUCCCCGCAGACCCUCCAUGUCCUCCCAUCUGUCGGGACAAUGAGUUUCCUGUGAGUGAUGUGAGCGGCUCCACCGUCCAGAGGCAGCGGAGGGAGCUGCAGCUGCUGAUGGCCGAGCUGAAGGACCGAGACCGAGAGCUGAACGUAAUGGCCGCCUCUCAUCACAAACACCUUCACGCCUGGGAGCAAGACCGCCAGAAGGUGCUCGCCGUGGAGCAGAGGUGUGCACGUUUACAUGAUGAGCUGCAGAAGCGUAACGAGGUGAUCAGAGUCCUCACUAAACGAGCGUGUGUAGUGGAGACAAAGGAGAAGGAGGCGCAGGAGGAGCUCAGCUCAGCCCGACAGCAGCUCUGUGAGGUGGAGCAGAAACAUCAAAACGCCAGCCAAAAAUGUCAAGACUUUGAGGACAAGAACCAGAGUCUGAACUCCACCGUCAUGUCUCUGUCCUCUCAGGUCGGCUCUCUGCAGGUCAGAGAGGAAGAGCUGAGCUCCAUGCUCAAACUCAAGGACAAAGACGUGACUGAAGCCUCCAGUCACGUAUUCGACCUCACAGAGCGCCUUCGACAGGUGGAGACGUCGCUAACGGAGAGUCGCUCGCGGGAAAACAAGCUGCAGAGAGACUUGGAGGAAAAUAAACGUCGUUACAGAGAAACGAAGCACGAGAUCACAAACCUGAAAGAGGAGCUGCAGCAGCAGGUGACACAGAGCAGCACUCAGAGAGAAGAAAUCAUCCGACUCAAACAGGAGCUGCAGCUGCUGCGUAGAGACAUCGUCCUGUCAGGGGAGGGAGACAGCUGGAGAGACGAGCUGCUGGAGCUGGCUCACUCCAAACAGGAGCGCACCAUGUCCGAGCUCCGCUGCCUGCGACAGGUGUGUGAGAAUCAGAGGAACGACCUGCAGCUCCUGCAGCUGAAUCUGGAAAGUGCUCGAGAAACAUUGAGAGAGAGGAACAGUCAGGGUUUAAUCAGCAGCCAGGAUGAGUUGAGAUGCGUCUGUGUGGAUAAUCGAUCGCCUUCAUCGAUCAGAGCGAAGAACUCCAGCACAGUACCAGCAGAUAGUUCUCCUCUACCAGCAGCCGUUCUGCAAAGCGCCGUAAACCUGGACCUGGACCUGUCGGCACACCUGAAGGAAACCGAGGAUCGUCUGUCCAGCUGUUCUCUGCAGCAGCUGUUAGAGGAGUCCAGGCAGCUUUUCACCAACUCAGAGCACAACGCCCUGAGACUCCACAGCUCUGUGUACAACUGUGGGACCAACGAUCACUUUCUCUGCUCCCAUCGAUGCCCGACUUCCCCCCACCAGCACCAACACCAACACCAGCACCUGAGCCCUCCAACACACAAGACCGGUGAAACUCCACCCAACGCCUGCCUGAGACGCAGCUCUAUCCUGCCGUGUGGACGACCCGACGCUGACUGAAGCACUGAUUUUAUUUUAUUUUUGGUGGAAACUUCAAUAUUUUAAGUGCACUGUGCUAAAUUUUACCUAUUUUUGACUGGAGUCAGCUUCAAACACAAGUAUUAAUACAUGAAAUACACCUGGAAGCUGAAGGUUGAACUCAGGAAAAUGAUGAAGUGAUAAAAAUGCAUAAAAUGUCUUUAACUUUUUAUUUUUA